AAAAUGAAGAUUUCUAUUUGAAUAUUGACGUGAUUCGGAAGCAUACUUCUGGUUCUAAAUCUGGUUGUAGCACUAGUUCUAGUACUGCAAAUUCCUGUGAAACUGAAAGUCCUAAGCUUGUAAGGGUAGUAUAUCACGAUGCAGCCUCUUGUUUCCGAUGAAUUUAUUUAUAUUUUUAAUAAGAUAGGUAGAGAAUUUAUGGGUGGUGUUGAAGUUGUUAGAAUUGUUUUGGAUAAGUACAAGAUAGCUACUGGUUACAAGAUUAGUAUUCUGAAAAAUGACAAGAGUCGAUAUACUACAAAGUGUAAAGAAGUUGAAUGUUCAUGGAGGAUUAACCUUGGGCCUGUGAAUGGUGACAUUUAUCGAUUCUCUAUGAAAGCUGCUAAUAUUCUUCACAGAUGUAGUGUUAGUUUGAGGUUGAAGAGUCCACCGGUGACAACCAAUUUAGUCAAGCAUUUGAUAUCUGACCAUAUACAAGGAGAUCCUAGUUUAAAACCAAAUUAGAUCAUUUGAAUUUUUAAGAACAUUUAUGGGUCCAAUAUUAAGUAUCACCAUGCUCGUAGAGGUUUGAACAACAGUUUGGGGAUGACGAGACGUCCUACAUUGAUUUAGUUUGGUAUGUCAAAGCCAUUGAGGAAACUAAUCCUGAUAGCUAUGUGAAUUUUGAGAUUGAUCAUGCAACUAAAAGAUUUAAGAGGAUUUUCAUAUCUUUUGGUGCUUGUAAGCAUAGUUAUAGGUAUUUUAGGCAAAUGAUUUACUUGAGCGCUACUUUCCUUAUUGGUAAAU